GCCCACUAGCGCCCAUUCUAUAAAAGAAGUCGACGAAACCACCUUCUCUUCAGUCCAUUUUCGCGCCAUCUUCACACAGCAAUCUAAUCUCUACAGACAUCAUGAACACCCAACUAGAUCGCCCGCAUUACGACCAUCAGCAGCACCACCACGAGCUGGAGCCUCACGAUGCCGGCGUCCUCCACACUACUACUGGGGCGGAAGGCAGCACCGGCGAGGAGCAUCACCACCACGGCGGGGUGAAAUCGGUGCUGAAGAAGGUCAAGCAGAAGGCGAAGAAAGUGAAGGACACUCUGAAAGUACACGGUCAUCACGAUCACCACAAUACCCCCGACGAUCAUGAUCUCGACGAGGAAGAAGACGAUGACGUUGACGAGGAAAUGAUCCAAGAUCCGGCCAUCCAUGGAGCAUCAGCUACAGUCGCGGCGGGUCUCGGAAGCGGGGUGGCCGGGAAGUCGUCAAUGCAACCGGAUUACUACGACGGCGGUUACUCCGCGGCGGAUCCGAUGAAGAUGACCCCUUCGGAGGCAACAGGGGAAAACAGGGGAGGCCCUUUGGAGGCAGGGGAAAACAGGGGAGGACAGGGGAGGAAGCUUGCUGAUAUAAAGGAAGAGCCUUUUUCUCCGUUCAAUAGUCCCGUUACCAUAAGUACUACUCCAAUGAAGACUGAGCAUCCCAAAGCUACUGAACCAGCUGCAAGGGCUUUCGUUGCACGGCGAGAGGAGGACAGAGGCCACCCUCAAAUCACCAUGGAUGAAGUAAUUACUGGUGGCUUAGAACAGGAUCCUCAUGCCCCAAAGGGUAGCUCAGGCCCCGUUUCUUCCCCUUCCAAUCACCAGACUAAAACCUUCGAUCGAACCGACGCCGGAGGCGAGGAAGCGGGGAUUCCCUUGACCGUGCUUGAAUCGUUGGAGAAAGCUCAUAUCUCGGACGAAGGAAGGAAUGAGGAUCAUGGUUUACGAAGGAGAACCCGUGAUGACGUGGCAUCCGCUCUGCCCACCGGAAGCCACAACCAGUUCUCGCCGGAGGGAACUCGUCCGCAGCCGAUCAGCAACUUCGAGAGUGCCAAACACGAAGAUAAACUGAGCGGCGGGACGGAUCACAAUCAGAGCAGCUAUUCCGACAAAAUCUCAUCGGCUACCGCCGCGAUUGCCGACAAGGCGAUCUCCGCCAAAAACGUUGUCGCAUCGAAGCUGGGAUACGGCAGCAACACCACAGGGGAGCAGCGCCACCACCAGCCGGACGCUGGAGCAGCUUCCAAUUUGGCAUCUCCGGUGGAAUACGGGAAGAAAGUUGCGGCGACGGUGACGGAGAAGCUGACUCCCGUCUACGAGACGGUCACCUCGACGGUGGCCUCGGCGGGGAACACGGUGAUGGCCAAAGUUCACGGCGGAGGCGGUGGUGCGAGGGACGUCGUCGUGGCGGAAUCGGAAGGUGAACGGAAGGGGCAGCAGGACAAGGGGGUUUCGGUGAAGGACUAUCUGGUGGAGAAAUUGAAGCCGACGGAGGACGACAAGGCGCUUUCGGAUGCGAUCUCCGAAUCGCUGCCGUGGCGGCGGAAGGCGGAUAAUGCUGGUGAAGAAGAAAGCAAGCCGAUGGGGAGAGUGACGGAGACGGAGGAAGUGAAGAUGCGGCUGGGUGAAACUGCCGACGACGAUAGGAAAAGGGAGGAGGCGGCGGCGGCGGUGGAGGAUAGCUCUGCAAGCGUUCUUGAAGUCGGCGGCGUUGCCGGAAAACUGAAGGGAGCCGUCGAGUCGUGGUUCGGGAAA